AUGGAUCAACAAUACCUCAAGGGUAAGACAGCAAUUGUCACAGGGGCAGGAAAACCAAACGGAAUUGGAGCUGCAUCGGCAAUUGCGCUCGCUGAACACGGCGCCAAUGUUUUGAUCCAUUAUAACAACUCGGCCGGGCCAGCAGAGAAAGUUGUGGCCAAAAUCAAGAGCCUUGGGGUUCAAUCUAUCGCCGUCAAAGCCGAUGCCUCGAGUGCUGACUUUGGAACCACUCUGGUCAACGCUGCUCUGAAGUCUUUCAACACAGAAACCGUCGACAUCAUCGUCAACAAUGCAGGAUUCGCAACCCCAAAUCCCGAGGGCAUCGCAUCUGUCGGAUUUGACGAGUGGGACUGGGUGUUUCACAUCAACGUGCGAGGUCCUUUCGUCCUCAUUCAAGCAGCACUGCCGCACAUGAAAACCGGAGGCCGUAUCAUCAACAUCGGCAGCAUAAUUUCUCGCCUCGGUUCAUGGAUGUUGCCGGUCUAUUGUGCGUCCAAGGGAGCUCUGACCUCGAUGACAGUGGCAAUUUCAGAAGAGCUCGGCCCUAAGGGUAUCACAGCCAACGUGGUUUCGCCGGGGCCCAUUACCACUGACUUGUCCAUGGAAGGGUCAUCAAUUGGAACAAGACUGAGGAACAAUCAGCACAUCAAGAGGGAGGGCACACCGAAAGAAGUUGCUGAGACGGUCCUGUUCAUGGCGAGUCCAGGGGCAUCGUACAUCACUGGUCAGGUUAUACAUGUGGACGGGGGUAUUGCUUUCCCGUGA